GCAAAGCACCACAGGAUGUUUGUCGCACUCCUAUUCAGGAUGAAGAAAAAGUCAGCAGGGAGACCCUAAACUUGGCUGCAGAGAAAGCGAGAGGGAAGAACAUUAUCCCCUGAGCGGCGCGGAGUCUGAGCAGAGGAUCCAAGAAGGAGAUAAGGAUUAAGCUGCAGUGUUGUGCGUCUUCAUUAAUGGGAUACAAGUUUGAAAAAGGAGACUGUGAAGAAUAAGAAGAAGAAGAGGAAGAAGAAGAAGAAGAAAAAAAAAACUUGAAAGUUGGAGGUUAGUGCUGUUAGGCGGUUUAUUUUGGGAUUUGGGAUUCUGGUUUCCUUCUUUCAUGUUUUGGAGAAAAGAACUGAAUCAAAGAACCAGACGGAGCCAGAGGGGAUUCAAGAAUUUAAAGGAUCUGACUCCCUGAAUCAUGACCUCUGAACAUUUUCAUGUCCUUUUCCUCCUGCUGUUCUGCGUCCUCCACAGCUCUGAGCAGACCUGCCCUUCGAAAUGCCUCUGCAUGUCUGACACAGUGAGAUGUAGCUCUGUUGGUCUGCACAAACCCCCUCAAUCCCUGCCCUCCUUUCCCGCCAACCUUGACCUCAGCCACAACCACAUCACCUGGCUGGAUCCGAACACCUUAACCAUGAUGCCUAGACUGGAAAAGCUCUGGAUGGCCCACAAUGAAAUUCGUACAUUGAGUCAUAACUUGUUUCGUAAUGUGUCUGGCCUCAGACUGCUGGACCUGUCCUCCAACAGGCUUCAGAUGGUGGAGCAACACUACUUCCAUGGGCUGUGGAGGCUGGAGGAGCUCCGUCUCUUCAACAACAGGAUCACACAAGUGGAGGACAGCUCGCUGAGCGGUCUGAGCAGCUUGAAAAAGGUUUACUUCAGCUUCAACCAGAUCACACACUUCCCAUUUUUCUCCAUCCAGGAUCACACUCACCCUUUUCUGGCUAUGCUGGACCUGUCGUCCAACCGGAUGUCGAGUCUGCCAUUGGACGACGUGAAAGCUUUGCCACAGUUGGUGCAGCAGGGGCUGUACACUCACAACAACUCGCUCAUCUGCAACUGCUCCAUGUACGCCAUGUUUUGGCACUGGAAUCUGAGAGAAUACAACUCGAUCAAAGACUUUACGGAUGAGCACACGUGCAACGUUGAUGGGGACCUUCAAAGACCCAUCCGGUUCUUUCGUGACAAGCGGUUCUUCCGGAACUGCACUGUGGAAAGAACAGUCACGGAGCCUGUGACUGUUCUCCUCUCCGACGUGGUGGUCUUUGAGGGCGACAGGGUGCGUCUGGACUGCCAAACAUCCCUUAGCAGCACAAACCUCUCAUUUACAUGGCUUUCCCCAAGUAGGGGCUUCAUCACCCAAAGCAGCAUGGAUGACACACUUAUUAGCAUGUUUCCCGAUGGCACCUUGGAGAUACACGCAACCACGAUCAGCGACUCAGGUAUGUAUCUUUGCACCGCUGUGGACAUCAAACAGGCACUGAAUGGAACACGUGAGGUGAAUGUGACCGUGCUGUUGCCGGCAGCAGAGCCGUUCAACACUGGUUACACAACGCUGAUAGGCUGCAUGGUGACUUUGGUCCUCAUCCUCGCGUACCUCUUCCUGACUCCAUGUCGCUGCAGCUUCUGCAAACAGCCUCCGGCGCACUCCAACCAAGGCACCUUGUCAUGCAUUUUGUCAUCUUUUACAAGAGAACAACCCAACAUUGACACCUUGAAGCAUGUGGCCUUCAGGGAGCAUCCAAUAGGCGAAGAAAGGAUAGAGUGGAUACCUCAAAGCUGAGGAUAGGCCAUGUUCUUUGGUUAGUUUGUCAGUAGAAACAGAGAUUUGGUUGAUCUUAUUGUUUGGAAGAGUUGUCAUUUGAGUGUAAAUGCAGUAAGGAAAAGCAAGCUCUCAUGUCUCUUUUUCAUCUUCAAGAGAGGAGGACAAAAAAAUCAAUUUUCUGUUCCAAUUCUUUUUGUCUCAUGAUCAGGUAGUUGAUAUAAAAGUUUCAGCAAUGGUUUAUUACCGUCACUGUAGACCUUUCAUAAGUCCUACAAUUCAGCUAAUAACUUACUUUUUGCACCCAACCACAGAUGUAUGAGAAGUAUUUCUUGUAGGAUCAGACUGAAUCUGACUCACUUCUCACAAAGUAUUUAGUGUGAAUUAAAACUCCCUCAAUAUGUUCUAGCUGAGUGAUUGAGUGAACGGCAUGAGUUAGGUUUCGGUAAGAAAAACAAAAUGUUGACUUGUUGAUCAGCUGCAGCUCUGAUUGAUUAUUGUACAAUGCCUGGGAAAAGUAUUUGCGCUCCUGAUUUUUGUUCACAUUGUGUCACAUUACAGCCACAAACCUCAAUGUAUUUUGCUGGAAUUUUACAUGCUAGACCAACACAAAGAGGUGAGGAGAAGUGGAAGGACAAAGGGGCCUGGUUUUCAAAUUUGCUUUUCUUGAGCAGUAUCACAAUGAUACAGAAUUUAUUUAUUUAUUUUUUUACAAAUUAAAAGCUGAAAAGUGUGGCUUCUUUUUGUAUUUAGCCCAUUUUACUCUGAAGCACCUUAAAAAAUAAUGUCUUACUUUCAAAAGUGAUUCCAUAUAUCGGAGUUAAUAGGAAGAUGGAUCAGACUGAGGUGGAGGUUCACCUUCCAGCAGGAAAACAACCCUUAACUUAGGGUUACAAUUGACUAGUUUAAAUGAAAGCAAUUUUCUGUAUUGCAAUGGCCUAUACAAAGUUGACACAUAGCUAACAAAUAAUCUGUGGAAAAACUUGAGGAUUAAUAUUCACAAAUGCUCACCAUUAAAGCUGAUGCUUGAGCUACUUUGCAAAGAGUUUGCAAAAAUGACAUUCUUAAACUAUGCCAAGCUGAUAAGAGAAACUUGCAGAAGUAACUUACAGAUAGCUGAGUCUUGAGAGCCAAAUACACCAACGUUCUCUACUAAAUGUCUAAUGCCUUCAAAGAGCCACUGCAAUCACUCCUUUUUAAUGUAACUUUUAUUUUUAGUUUUAUUUUCUAAUUGGGAAAUUUCAAAGAUAGCUGCUUGCAAUGAAUUGUAUUUAGGAGUCUGAGAGUAAAGGGGGGCUUAUCUGACAACACAUUUUAUAGAUUGCCUUCCACUUGACAUCUGCGGACUACUUAGUGUUGGUCUACCACAUAAAAUUUAAAAACAAGAACAGACUUCAUGGUUGCAAUGCCAAAAAGAAAAAAAUAUUAUAAAAGUAUGAGAGAUGUAAAUAGCUGCAUGUAGGUCUAUAGAUCAGUUAGCCCUGAAAACUUUCCCAUUUCCCUAAUAAAGGAUUUAGCACCUAAUUAAGAUCUAACUAUCAUCUUCACUUCCAUGGCUUAUCUAUUAGAAAACAGAGGCUCCCCCCGGACUAAUCCAUCAUGCAUAUACAUGUCACACUCAAACCUGUUGCAUUAAUCUGCCAGAAAACAACCCUAAAAAUCUCCAUCUGCACUCUGCUUAUCUGACAAAUGGUGAAACAGAGAAAUAAGGAGUCUCGACAAACAAAAACCAAGCAGCGACUGGGCUGCUCUUCAAAGACGGCAACUCUUUGAUCAUGCACAGCCGAGCACUUUGAACGCAGAGGAACAAACACGAGCACUAAAUUUGAACUGAAGUGACAAAUUCUUCAAGCAGCUCUGACGCAUAGCCAGCGGGGGGCAUUACUUUGUAUAACUUUUUUUGUUAUUUGUAUGUAUGGGGGGCUUUUUGUCUGUAAUUGAUCUCAACAUGCUUGAAAUGACAAAAUUACGCACGACAACGACAGAGAUUAAAGCAGCAGAGGAUGGACUUUUAUAUACUUUCAUGAAGGCGCACGAGCAUGUGGGAUAAGGAAAAAAUAUUAUGUUAUUCUUGUAAAAGACUGAAGAGAGAGUAAGGCUGAUUGAGCAUGAAAGAGUGAAGAAAACAACAUCCCUUAAAUAAAAGUAAUCAGUUUGUCCACA